GAAAUCCAUGACUCCGCUCAUCAAAAACUGUCGAAAUUGAUUGUGAAAUCCAUGACUCCGCUCUUCCAAAAAAUGUCAAAAUUGACUGUGAAAUCCAUAACUCUACCGCCGAACAAAUGAAUCAUGGGAUUGCACAGCAGCUGGAUCGGUUAAGGUCUUUUAUUGAAGCAUUUCCGAAUGAUAACUUCUCCAUGGACCCCAAAUCCACGGGCUUCCCGGCGACUUUUAACAGCUUUUUGAAAACGACAUCAAAAGCCUGCAUAAGUGGGCCGUAAAAUUGCCGUUGACUGAAUUAAAUCCGUCAGGGAUAUAACCAGUCAUAUGUGCGUUCACCAUCUUUAUUCUCAGUUGGCCGUUCCGAAAAACCUGCAACUUUUUUGGAGCUCAAAGAUUAAAUCUUUGAUUAAUGGCAAUGACUUUAGGCUCCUCCCUGCUAGAAAAGAUUGAAAAUCUUUGCGCAAAUUAUUCUUCUACGGCCGUGCUGCUCUUCUGGACGGCCGUCUGUGCAAUAUUAGUUUAUUAUGUGUCCAGGCCGCCGAGUAUUUACCUGCUAGGGUUUUCAGCCUUCAAGCCCGGCGACGAAAGGAAGUGCAGCUAUGAACUUUCCGAGUACUUUACGCUGCGGACGGAGCGAUUUGAUUCGGAAAGCGUAGAGUUCAUGCUACGGAUUUUUCUGAAAUCCGGCAUAGGCGACGAAACGUACGGCCCGCCAUUUCCUUUCCGGGACGAAGAAGUGGAAAGCCUGGAAGCUGCUCUGGAUGAAGCGACGGAAGUGAUGUUUGGGGCUGUGGACGCCGUAUUUAAUGAGACUCGGCUUUGCGGUGCAGAUAUUGAUAUUGUCAUUAGCGCCUGCGGAAUGCUCAGCACGGCGCCCUCCCUUACAUCAAUGCUUAUAAAUCGCUAUAAUAUGAAAGAGGAUGUUAAAUGUGUAGAUCUGGUAGGCAUGGGGUGCAGCAGUGGGGUUAUGGCCGUCCAUUCUGCGGCCGAUUUGCUUAGGGUUUAUAUGAAACCAUCGUAUGCCCUGGUCGUCAUGACGGAAAAUAUUACGCUGAAUACCUAUUACGGCAACAACAAAUCCAUGCUGGUGACUAACUGUAUUUUCCGGGAGGGAUGCGCGGCGGUUAUUUUGUCCAGCAGGUCACGGGAUCGAACCCUGGCGAAAAUGGAGCUGCUUCUUUCUCUGCGAACGCACAGGGGCGCGGAUGACCAAUCCUACGAAGCGGCAUUUCAGCACGAAGAUGAGGAGGGAGUGGUGGGGAUCAGCCUGAAAAAAGAUCUCAUCAGAGUCGCCGGCGAAGGGCUUCGAGCGCAUGUUUCGUCCCUGGCUCCUCUGGUUCUGCCUCUUUCAGAGCAGCUGAAAUAUUUGUGGUCUUUUCUGGCCGUGAAUGUUGUGAAGAUUGAGAGCAAGCUUUAUGUUCCGGAUUUCUCGAAGGCUUUUGAGCAUGUGUGUCUUCAUACAGGUGGAAAGGCGGUGCUUAAUGAGAUCGCCAGGAGUUUGCAGUUGAGUGAAUAUGCGAUGGAGCCUGCUCGGAUGGCUCUUCAUAGAUUUGGGAACACUUCCAGUAGCUCCGUGUUUUAUGAAUUGGCGUAUUUUGAGGCAAAAGAGCGGAUCAAGAAAGGAGACAGAGUUUGGAUGAUUGCUUUCGGGACUGGAUUUAAGUGCUGCAGCAUUGUCUGGAAGGCUCUCAAAGAUCUUGAGCCCUCGCCCACCACCAAUCCUUGGUUAGAUUGCAUUCAUAGAUACCCUGUUAAAAGCUAGUAGUUAUAUGCAUUUUAUAUCAAUUGGAGUGUGUGCUGAGUUUUUAUGCUUAACUAUAAGCUGACAUGAUAUAGAUAAUUUAUCCCUUGCAGUUGCAGGAGAAGCUUUAUUUGUUUAUGGUACAGAACCAGUAAAGGCCAGUAGAAAAUUAAGGACAUUCCACCCAUAUGUAUACGGCUGUAGCUAUACGUAGGUCCAAAGCUUAUAUAAUGUUUCUUUCCAUCUCCUAAUUUGUUUUUCACACACAAAUUUUAGGAUUGGAUCUCUGUCUGUUUAGUUGAUUGAAGAUCAUUGGUUUAUAUGUAUCCUAAUUCAAAUUGGUGUCGUCUGUUAUCAAAGGCAAAGAUGCAUGUAUCUUUGUAUGCCUACUCUUUCCACAAAAGCAUUGAAAAGUCUUUGCAUCUUUGUAUGCCUACUCUUUCCACAAAAGCAUUGAAAAGUCUAAGGCAAAUAUAUAUCUAAAAAUUAUUUAAUAUAAAUUGAAUUGAAAAGUCUAAAUAUUUAUUACAAUGGAA